AUGAAGUAUAUGUUGAACCUGUAUCUUCUUGGUGUGGUGUUGACCAUCUUCAUUAGACUGAUGGAAUCACUGAGGGACUUAUUGGAGAGCCUAUUGCCUGGGUGUCCCUGGACCACCAGAGGUCAACUAGCCAACACAGAGCCUCCCAAAGACCUUCCAGAACACCCUUCUAGAUGA